GCUGAUUUCAGUUUGAGCGGUCAUUUCGAGACGAACAGUAGCAAGUAGCAGACGUCGCGCAGAUUUAGUAGUAAUUCUUGCAUAUCUACAGCCUCAAACUCUCAGGGAAUAGUCAUGAAAGUAGAAAACCAGAUGACUAGAAGGAGAACAUGUCGUCGCUGCAAAUCUUUGUACAAGCAAUGCAAGCCCAGUGUGAGGAAAGCACCGGACAUCUGGGCACUUCCAGAAGAGCUACAACUCCUCAUGCUGAGGUACCUCCCUGCAAAGGACCUUGCCAAUAUGAGACUGGUCCACUCAAGCUUCAAGCAGCUAGUAGAUAACAAUCCCACACUAUGGGUGAACACUAACUUUGGGGGCAUCUGGCCCAGUCCUGCCAAUGUGGAACAGCUGAAAAAAAUUGCAGAGUACGGAAACCUGGAACUGCUUAUCAAGUUGGGUGUGGCCUAUCUGUACAAUGAAGGAUUCCCAGAAAUCGAGGGUGAGCAGGCGAGCAGGAAUGGCGUCCGUGCGGCUGAGUUCUUCAUGAAGUCCGAGGAGCUGGUGCGAGCUGCGGGCACCCCUCCCUUCACCUGGCUCUUCAUCAGGCCUCCAUGGACCACCACUGGCACCUGCUGCAAGUCUCUCGCCUUCAAGACCAUCAAGGACAAAGCAGCCAGCACUGAGAACACCAGCCCAGCCUUGCCCUUCUGCAUAGCCAAAGCACAAGGACUGUUUGAUGAUGAGGAAGAGCGAUCAGAAGCAGUUGAAUGGUUUGAGAAGUCAGCCAGCAUGGGAUCUGAGUAUGCCACCUUCACCAUGUGGGAACUCAAACACAAGGACAAGAUGAUUGACCCUGUAGGCAGCAGACAUGCUGUUAGACUGCUGCGAGAGAUCACUUCAUCUGGCUCCUGGCAGGCACAGCUGGAACUGUGCAAUGGUUAUGCCAAAGGCCUGUACGGCGGCGUGUGUGCUGCCCAGGCGGCCGAGGUGGUCAGGCAGUUUGUGUUGUCCUCCCAGCCCUCCUACAGCCACAGGAUCUUUGAGAUUCAGAAAGGCAUGAACAACAUCAUGAGAUUUAUCUUGGUAGACUGGCUGGUUGAAGUUGCUUCCAUGAAGGACUUUUCAACCCAGGUGCUGCACGCUGCCGUACGCUGUGUGGACCGUUACCUCAUGACGCACAAGACUCCGCGCUCCAAGCUGCAGCUGGUGGGAGUCGCUUCUAUGGUGCUAGUAACACGAUAUCUUGCCAAGGACAUUCUGACAGUCCGCGAGGCAGUCUGGCUGACAGACAACACCUACAAGUAUGAGGACGUGGUCAGGAUGAUGGGGGAGCUGACAGCCACUCUGAGGGGAGAAAUCAGGGCGCUGACCUCGGCAGACUACCUGGACCUGUUCUUCAAACUGCAGCUGCUGGACCAGAGAACCAAGUGUCUGGCAGCCUACAUCUGUGACCUGGCCCUGCUGCAGACUGAGAUCAUGGGCAGCUACAGCCCUGCUGUCAUCGCUGCAAGUGCACUGCUGUUAGCAAAGAUGACCACCAACAAAGAUGCUGAACUCUGGUCCAGUCACAUGACACAGUUCACUGGCCUUCAGGUGGUUGACCUUCUGACCUGUACCCUUCAGGUCUACCACAAGUGUUUGUGCCAACCUCCACCACGAGACCAUCACAACAACCCCCUGACCGCGGUCAGACAACACUACGGAGACGAGCGCUUCUGUAAGGUCAGCGAGAUGGAGCUCCUUGGCAACAACGAGCUGAUAGCAAGGCUGGGAUUGGACAGCAAUGUUGCUGCAGAGCCAAUCACGGCCGACUUUACAAACCAGAAGUUGAACAUUGACAUCCUGGGCUCCUCUCCAAGACCAGUCAAGAGUGCAAGACCGUGCCCUGACCAGGAGGCAGACCGCAGCACCAUGGUGACUCCCAUCAUGGAACUGUCCAUGGACAACUCUGGGUACGAGGGGGACAUGGAGAGCGAGGGGGAAUACCUGGACAUGUCUGAUGAAGAGAUGAGUGAGGAUGACCAGGAAGAUGAUGUGUGCACCUGCUGCUCAGCGAGUGGCUCAUCUAACACGGGUUCUGAUUGGCUGGAUGUCAUCAGCCCCACUGCAGCUAGCAAACCACUAUUCAGGACACAGUCUGCCGUUGACCAAUCCCUGACCAGUAUGGAUGUCUCCAUGGAGACUCCCAGUCAGUUUCUCCAGGACUUGAACUCCUUUGACAUUGAGGGUGCCAGUAACAGCUCCGGGCUGUACCAUGAUGAAAUGGGGGAGGCAGCAGCCAAGGUUUUCCAGCCGUUGUCUAAGGGCAUGAGGAACAUCACAAUACGUGCACGCCGCAGGGCUAGCUCUCCAGAAUCUUCAAGUCCGUGUUCGAGUGCGUGCUCCAGCCCGAGAGCGCCUCUACGGGUCCUCCAGAACAUCAGCCAGGAAGUUGCCAAUGCAGUUCUACCUCAGAAAAAAUCUGUCAAGAGAAAGGAGUGUGCUUGAGCUGUGAGAAAAAUGUUACACACACCAUGUAGGCCAGAAAAUGACUGCCAUGUGUGAGAGAACAGUGGUUAUAUUUGACAGUAGGAUCUGCACGCAAUACCUUUUCCAGUGUAGCUCUUUUUUCUGAGGCUGGCAUUUUCUUCCAAAAGUUAACAGUUGUAGCUAUUGUAAUUCUAGGUCUUUGCAAUACAUACAUUCAUUGUAGAACUACUAGAAUUAGUAUAUCCCAGGCAAUACAGCAGGCUUUAUUUUCAAUGCCAAUGAAUUUGCGGCAUUCAGGUAGCAGUUUUCAAUGUUACAGUCUGUGCCAUAAUGUUGUUUGGCUGCUAGUGUUACAGUCCAUGUUUCUUUGAAUUCUGGCAGCUUUCAUUUGUACAUUUAUCCCAGAUAUUACAUUAUAUGGACAACUCAAACUUUCAAAUAAUCUUGGUGAUGGCAGCUGUCUUCCAUACAUUUCUAUGUCUAUAUUAGACAUUCAAACAUUUCAAUACCAAAGUUUUUCUUGACAUGUCCUAUGUCUUAUGCAAUGUCAGUAGACUGUAGCAUAUUUGUUGUGGCUAUAGAUGGCAGUAAGAAGGAAGAAUAUGAUGAUGCAGAGCUUGAGGUUGUCAUUUAGAUUAUUAUUGUGACAAAAAAAUGACCAAAUUUAUGUAUGUUCUUUCAUCUAAGCAAGCUACAAGAUUCUAAUUAAUGUAUUGUGUGAUCUUAAGUUGAGAGAAAUCGCAUCAAAAUUCUAAGUGGAAAGGGAUUUUGAAAAUUGAGUAAGUCAAACAAAAAGUUGUACCAAUAUUUAACAUAUCCUCAGCAAAAUGCCUGUCAGUAAAUUUACAGAUGUAACUUGUAGGUAAGUUUUCAGGCAUUGCAUACUCUUUGACCAAAUGCAGAAAGUACAAUGUAUUUGGUCACUUGUAGGUUGUAUCUGACAUUAUGGUGCUCAAAAACACUUUGGUGCAAUGUCAGGAUUUAUACAUUUUGUAAGGGACAUGACAAUGACUAAUGUGACUAUCGAAUAUGCAGUUUCCAAGAAAUGAACUGUCACAAAGUUACUAAGCUACAUUUAUCAGGGCUAUCCUGUAUUUUUUUUCACCUUGCUUUAUUCCAUUAAUUGUAUAUAUAUUUUGUUUAACUGUGACUUUUUUUGUCUAGAUGUAGGGCCUUGAUCCUUCAGAUUUUCUUUUUCAAGUCAGACUUGCUAAUUGUUACAAUGAAAUAUUAUAUUGUUAUCCCAGAGCCUGUAGUAUAAGGUGGUGACUGGGUUGAUUGACACUAGUGCACUAGCCUGGCUUAUAUUAGAGAAACUUAUAUACUUUCAAAGCAUAGGCUUUAGAUGACUAGAUCUAUGUAAAUAUGUUUCCAUAGAGAAUGAUAGCUUUGGUCGAAUAGGUUGCAUUAACAAUUUGCUGCUUUGCUAGUUGCAUAUCGCGCUGCUCUUUAGCAAGAGGCUUUGGUGCAAUGAUACAAGUUUCUGUGUAUCAUAGAGCCAUGCCACAAUAUUAUGUUUUGCACCCAUUGUUUGCCUUGUCAUAUAUAUACAAGGCAGUCAUGCAGUUCUUCAAAUAACAUUCCAAGAUAUUCUUGUACACAAAGCUGAAAUCUGGCUAUUUUCAUGUAAACUUCAGGGAGAAUUCAACCUAUUUUUGUACCCUCCAUAUCAUCAUUUGUAUGUUCCACACUGUUU